AUGUCGACAAACAUAAAACCUAGGUUAUGGUCCCAGUUAUGGGAUCAAGCAAGUUCACUCGCUGCAACAAAGACAUGUAAAGAAUCUAUACGACCUUACAUAUCUAAUUCGAUUCUACUAAAUACUACUCGUCGCGCAUUUUCGCAAUCAAAAAUCAGGUCCUUCUACAGCUCUUCCCCCAAGACUCAAGUUCGAAAGAGUUUUGCCUAUGGCGGGGUCUUCUUCCUUGAUUUGAGCUCAGGUACCUCCGCAACACCCUCGAUAGCAUCAUGUACAACCACAGUGGAGAAGACUCUAUAUUCAGCAUCAUCGUUACCAAGACGACCUUUGACAACAUUUCUUCAACAAGAAUGGCGACGUGAGAUCCAUUCAAGUAGUCGGCGGAGGGCAAGAGGUUAUGCGAGAAGAAAUAAAAGCUCUGCAUCAAAUUUACAAAAUGCUCGGAAGACACCCCAAGAAACCCACAACCCCUCACAGAUUACCCCGCCAGUAAAGGAAUCGGUCACGGAUGCUAACAUUCCACACUCUACCUCGAGCAAGUACCAUCUUCCUCACAUGCCAAAGAUGCCCCAUCGGCCGACGAGAGAGGAAUUACUCGCCGCAGCAACGGGAUUUUGGUCUCGAUUGAAGGUUCGGUUCAAGUGGUUUACGAUUAGAGGCGGGCGACCGUGGAAUGUUGACGAUUGGAGUGCUUUUGUUUCAUGGUUUGUCUUGGGAAACAUAGCCUGGAUUUUUAUCGGAACCACAACUUUCUUCUCUCUUGUUAUCCUAUCUAUCAACACUGUUGUCGCUCAAGAAACAUUGGCAAGAUGGGUGGGUGAUUACCUUACACAUUCGGCAGGGAUCAAGGUCGUUUUCGAAUCUGCCAUCGUGCCGCGAUGGAAAGAUGGAGUAAUUACGUUCCGGAAUGUGUUUGUCUCAAGGAGACCAGGACAAGGGAAGACCAAGUUUAGCAAGGGUUCGUCUUUGAGUGCUGCGGCUGCCGCUGCCUCUCAACGGCAGGUGGAUACAGAGGGGAAAAAGGAGGAAGAGGAGGACACAAACUACACCCAGUUUGACGUCACUCUCGAUACAGUCAAUGUCACUUUAUCAUUUGUCAAGUGGUGGAACGGCAAAGGACUUCUUCGGGAUGUAGAAAUCAAGGGUGUCCGAGGAGUAAUAGAUAGAACUUCGGUUCAUUGGGGCGAUGAAUACAUCGACCCUAAAUCGUUUCGCCAUGAGCAUAACCCCGGCGAUUUCGAGAUAGAUUCUUUCAAACUAGAGGAUCUCUUGGUUACCGUGCAUCAACCCAAUGGUUUCCGACCCUUCUCUGUCAGUAUCUUCUCAUGCGAUCUGCCCCAGCUACGAAAACAAUGGCUAUUCUAUGAUUUCCUUUCGGCGAGCAAUAUGUCUGGUGCCUUUGACGGAUCUCUUUUCACAAUUCAUCCUCGACAGAUCCACGGGUUUGCUGGCUCGCACGCUCUUGACUCUUCUGGAAAUGACGGGUCAAGCCUUUGGAAAAAGCAAAGUCGUCUCCGCAUAGAUGGCCUCAAAAUUGACCAUUUAAAUCGAGGAGUGGAAGGGCCGUUUGGCUGGAUUCAUGAAGGAAAUGUUGACAUUGUUUCUGAUGUCAUGCUUCCAACUGAAGCGGAUGACAGCAUCGCCAAGGUGAUGUCCGACUUUUACGACCGAAUGGAAGAAGCUGUAACAUCUAAUCGUUAUUUCCACAUCCUCGAAAACAACCCACGUACAGAACAACCAGACACAUCCGCUGAGCCCGAUGCUUCGGCGGAGAAACUCUCUCACGAUGACAAUAAACGCUACAUUGUCAUGGACCUUCGCAUUCAUCUUAAUGACGUGAAAGCAGCCGUGCCACUCUUCACUCGCGACUUAUCUUACGUUAAUCAGGCCCUGAUUCGACCCAUCGUCGCCUAUAUCAACGCGAAGAAAACAUUUAUACCCAUAAAUUGUCGAAUCGUGAAACGAGCUAGUGAUUUUGAUGGUAGCUGGACCAUCUUCGAUAGCGGAUUAAUGGAUGAUAUGUCUGCAGAGACUUAUGAAGCAUUUGCGAAAGAUGUGGUAGACAGUCAGGCCCGCCUGCGUCGGUUGAAAAAGGUGGGGUUUUGGUCAAUUUCUAUGGCAAUCCAGGCAAUAUUUAUGGGCAUGGCUGGAAAUGUUGCUUGA